AUGUCUAAGUCGUCAGAUUCCACCCAUGUCACUACUUCGAGAAAGGUCAGACCUUCGCCUGAGCUCCCACCUGAGAUAUGGGGACGCAUCAUUUCAUAUCUCAAAAGACCGAUGGGGUCUACGGGUACCAUAAGAAAUCCGAAUGAUUUCCAUCAGCGAGACUUGGCUCGAGCUAUGCGAGUCAACAAGACGUUUUAUCGUUAUGCCGCUCCGGUUCUAUACGAGCGUAUCAUCCUAUCCGAUUUCUUGUUGCUUUUCGAUGGUAUUGCUGAAAUCACACCCGAUUCGAAACAUGAAGAAAUCGGUUCACCCAAACUCGAACUCUUCAAGCACGUCAAGCGACUUGAUAUCGCGUAUACUUCCGCUUCAACUUCAAACAUCAUUGGUCCAUCAUUACCUCCUGAUAUACUUGAACAACUCAAUGUCCCUUCACCUGUACUACCGGCUAUGACCAACGAUAUCAAUCUCACAUUCACCGCUACUUUGAAAUGGCUGAUUGGAUGGGCCAAAUCUCCAGAUGCACCUAAAUUAUUCCCUAAUCUGCAAAAUAUUACAGUAGGAUCAUUCGGGGAGAGACAUUGGGAUAGAUAUAAUUCAAAUUUCACAAAAUUAGAUUGGGUAGAUAUGUCAAAUUUCCAAAUGACGCCUGAAUUGAAAGAGGCCGCUGCUGCAUUACAUCAUUUAUUCAAGCAGAAGUUAUUUGGAAGAUAUUUGGCGACUUGUUCAAAUGUGAAAUACGUUUGUGAUCACAUUUCUUCUGGACCAAUGUCAUUGGUUUGGAACGAUCAUUUCCCAAAUGACCCAAUGCUACAAACUCGACCUACAUCAGGUCUUCCAGAUGUAUUCGUCACCCAUUUACUAGAUCAGAUACAUGUCGGAGUAUGGAUAUUCUUAGCUGAAGGAACUACGAAUAAAUGGAUCAUCAACCCGAUUUUUCAAAGUUGCUCACCUGCAGCCCAGGCUACUGUAUACACUUUUAUUCAAACUCAAAUAAUGACACGAAGAGCUUUAUCAUCAAUGCUGAGUAUGGAUAAAACCACCAAAAUCGAGAUUUACCAAGCGAGAAAUCCAGAUAUGAUGUACAAUGCAAUGUGUCAGAUCUCAGGUGCGACAAGGGAUCGCAAUGCGUAUUCGGAUCAAGAUUUAUGGGAUAUCAUGAAGAGCUGGCUUGGAAUACAAGGUCCAGAAGAAGACUUUGCGGAUUUCCAACUGAUGGAAGAAGAUGCAGGUGCAUGUCCGGCGUGCGGAUUGGAAGAUGGAGAAGUGUAA